AUGCAGAAGAAAACCAUAACGCCAGUGUAUAAUCCGGACGUCUCGGUGUCAAGAAUAAAAGCGACAAAUGAUGACAAAUUCAGCAAUCUAACCAUCCUCAAGACAGUUCUACAAGAUGAAGGAAUGUAUCACUGUGCUCAUAUGGACUGGAUUGAAUCUACUUGGAGCGGGACUUAUUUGUCAAUAAAAGGAAACUCCGGAAAGACAUCGAGCUAUACUGUUUUUCAGAACCCAGUUUCUGAUCCCGUCCGUCCGGGGGACUCAGAGACUCUGCAUUGUUCGCUUUUCUCUGAGUCUGAGGACAAGGUGUGUUCAAGGGAGCUCAGUGUGUUCUGGUUCAGAGACGGAUCAAAACACUCCCUUCCACAUAUCAUCUACACUAAUGAAAAAGUACAGCAAAAUUGUGAGGAUAUAUCUACAUUGAACGAUCAGAAGAAAUGUAGCUACAGCUUUUCUAGGAACUUCAGCUCCUCUGAAGUUGGGACGGUGUACUGCGCUGUGGCAACAUGUGGUGAGAUAUUAUUUGGAAGAGGAACUAACACAACUGCAGAUCAAUCACCAAGUUCUAAAGUUAAUGUGCUGAUAAUCAUAGUAAUCUGCUUUGCAAUUUCCAUGAUUGUAAACAUUGCUUUUAUCUGUCACCAAGCUCAAAGAUCACUGCGUAGAAACCUUAAAGCACAACACAAUGUGAGUCAACCAGAUAAUACUCCUGAAGAUGGACAGGAUCUGAACUAUGCUGCCUUACAUAUCUCAGAACGGAAACCUUCAAGAGGAAAGAUGAAAAAUCAGCUGAAAACUGAAGACAGUGUGUAUUCACAAAUUAAGGGAUUAAACUGAAUAAGACACAGUGCUGUAUUUAUGUACACAACUUAAUUUUGUAGAUCCAAAUAUAACCGCAAUGACAAUUUAAGACUUUAAUAUAACCCUAUGUCUUCUUUUCUGUCUAAAAGAAGCUCAAGUUCACUAGAUUGUAAAAAAAAAAAAGAAAAAAAAAUAAUUUUGUAUCUUACAUUUUCUCAUGUAA